GGAAGAUGGCCGCCGUCAUCGCCUCUCCUCAGGCCUGGUCUCUCCGUGUGAGGCGGGAAGGCGGCGGAUGGCGCAGAGAACGGAGGCCGAGAGAGAGAGAGAGAGAGAGAGAGGGGACAUGAGAGUUCUCUGGAGCCACCCCUGCCGUGAUGGGAAACGAACCAGCUUCUAGUCGAUAUUAAGGCAUUUGGAAACCAAAGUGCAGUAAGGAAACCAGUCCUCUAGGAAAAAGGAUUCCUCCCAAGGGGCUGAUUCUGCAGAAUUCCUACAUUCUCUUUGGAUUCUAGAGUAGAACCAUAGAGUCGGAAGAGACUGCAUGAGGCACCUAGUCCAGGCCUCUGCCGUGCAGGAAAAGCGCAAAGUACCCCUGACAGAUGAGCAUCUGGCCUCUGUUUAAAGGAUUCCAAAUGAGCCUCCACUACAUUUUGAGGCAGAGAGUUCCACCGCUGAACUACUCUUACAGUCAGGAAGUUCUUCUUAAUGUUCAGAUGGAAUCUACUUUCCUGUAAUUUGAACCCAGUGCUGUGAGUAAUCAGAAAGGGAAAAACAAGAAUCAAGUGUCCUUAUUGGAAUUAAAUGUACAUAGCACUGUUGACAUGGAGGAGAAAGCAUAUAAAUGUAUCGAAUGUGGAAAGAGCUUUAGUCAGCAUGGAAAGCUGAACAGACAUCAAAGGAUUCACACUGGGGAGAAAGCCUAUAACUGCCUGGAGUGUGGACAGAGCUUCACUCAGAAGGGAAGCUUACAUACACAUCAAAGGACUCACACUGGGGAGAAACCCUAUAACUGCCUGGAGUGUGGACACAGCUUUGCUCAUAGUUCAGGACUACGUUCACAUCAAAGGACUCACACUGGGGAGAAACCCUAUAAAUGCUUGGAGUGUGGACAGAGCUUUGCUCGUAGUUCAGGACUACGUUCACAUCAAAGAACUCACACUGGGGAGGAACCCUAUAACUGCCUGGAAUGUGGACAGAGCUUUGCUCAUAGUUCAGGACUACGUUCACAUCAAAGGACUCACACUGGGGAGAAACCCUAUAACUGCCUGGAGUGUGGACAGAGCUUCAGUGAUUGUUCAACUCUACGUUCACAUCAAAGGAUCCACACUGGGGAGAAACCAUAUAACUGCCUGGAGUGUGGACAGAGCUUUACUCAGAGGGGACAUUUACGUUCACAUCAAAGGACUCACACUGGGGAGAAACCCUAUAAAUGCCUGGAGUGUGGACAGAGCUUCAUUCAGAGUUCAAGUCUACGUAACCAUCAAAGGACUCACACUGGGGAGAAACCCUAUAACUGCCUGGAGUGUGGACAGAGCUUCAGUGAUUAUUCAAAUCUACGUUCACAUCAAAGGACCCACACUGGGGAGAAACCAUAUAAAUGCCUGGAGUGUGGACACAGCUUUACCCAGAAGUUACACCUACGUUCCCAUCAAAGGACCCACACUGGGGAGAAACCCUAUACAUGCCUGGAGUGUGGACAGAGCUUUACUCAGAAGGGACACUUACGUUCCCAUCAAAGGACUCACACUGGGGAGAAACCCUAUACAUGCCAGGAGUGCGGACAGAGCUUUGCUCGGAGUGGAGCUCUACGUUUGCAUCAAAGGACCCACACUGGGGAGAAACCAUAUAAAUGCCUGGAGUGUGGACAGAGCUUUGCUCGGAGGGGAAACCUAAGUUCCCAUCAAAGGACUCACACUGGGGAGAAACCCUAUAAAUGCCUGGAGUGUGGGCAGAGCUUCAUUCAGAGUUCAAGUCUACGUAACCAUCAAAGGACUCACACUGGGGAGAAACCCUAUAACUGCCUGGAGUGUGAACAGAGCUUCAGUGAUUGUUCAAAUCUACGUUCACAUCAAAGGACCCACACUGUGGAGAAACCCUAUACAUGCCGGCAGUGUGGACAGAGCUUUGCUCGGAGUGGAGCUCUACGUUUGCAUCAAAGGACCCACACUGGGGAGAAACCCUAUAACUGCCUGGAGUGUGGACAGAGCUUUACUCAGAAGGGACACUUACGUUCCCAUCAAAGGACUCACACUGGGGAGAAACCCUAUACAUGCCGGCAGUGUGGACAGAACUUUGCUCGGAAUGGAAAUCUACGUUUGCAUCAAAGAACCCACAUUGGGGAGAAACAGUAGAAAUGCAUGGAGUGUGGACAGAGCUUUUCAUGAAAUAACAUUAUACAUAGACAUCAUAGACUUCACCCUGGAGAAAAUUGUGUUAAUUGACACCAGAGUGUCAUUCUAACACGUAGAAAAGCAACUCUUGCAAAUUUUGGAAAUGCAAGCUCGAAGUUGGGACAUUUCAUCACAUGUGGUGUACUGUGGAAAGAUUGAACUAAAACACCGUGUUCCCUCACCUAUCACGGGUGUUAGGUUCCAGGACCACCGCAAUAAGUGAAAAUCCAUGAAGUAGGGAUGUUACAUAUUUAUACAUUAUUUUAGUAUUUAUACAGUAUUUUAAGUCUUUAUCAACCAAUCGUGUAUUGAUCAAUUGCCUCCUUCUCCUCCCGUUGCCUCUUGGGCUCCUUUUCUCUCUCUUUGGCUUCUUCUUCCUCAGGCUGUAAAUUGUAAUUUUUUAUGAUUUAUAAUAUUUUUUUAGAGUUUAUUGAAAAACCGCAAAACAGCGAAUCCGCAAACAGUGAAACGCAAAGUAGUGAGGGAACUUUGUACGUUCUAUUCUGGAAGUAAUUAUAUUAUCUAAAGGGAGUAGAAUAAUGAGAAAUAAAAAUUAACAGAUAGAAUGAGGCUUUUAGUCACGUAUCCAUGUCUGUUAGUUCAGUUGUGUGUCUAUGUAGGUAACCCC